CCGGGUUGCCCGGAACUUAUGCGCAACGAAUUAAUUCCAAUCACAAUUCAUCUUUGACGGUAUCGGCGGCCGUUUCUGGAAAGCGUCGUGGUGCCGCUUUGGCGCCCUCGGCGGUAUCGAGGCGGUAUCGCGCACGCUUUAACGCAUGUUGGCUUGGCAGGGGAUCCUCGUCCGGCUCCUUCAUGCUUCCUCCGGCGUGGCUCACCAAGCUCAACCACUACUCAACCAUCCAGCCCACCUCGAGCAAAUCAUGAUGGACCCGCCGGGCGGCCAGCCAUUGUCAUACCUCGCAAGGAUGAAUCGAAUCUUCAGGAACACCGAAGUCAGAUUCCCCCCAAAUCUGUUGCACAGUUUGCAACUCAGCAUGCAGCCGCCGGCCCAUGCAUUUCUCUUACUGCCCUCCAGAAAUGGUGGCCUUUGCCCUAGGAUGUUUAUAAACGGCUCCAUGUCCUCCCGCUGCCCUCUUUUCUUUUCUUACCAAGCCAUCCUGUGCCGGUAGAUCUUACUUUCUUUGUUUUUCCCUCAGCGGCUACCACUCACUUCCACCUGGAGUCAGUUGAUCUAUGCUUCCACCAAAGAAGAUCAGAUACAGAUGGUGGUUGCCAAAUCAUGAGCAAAGGCAGCAGCUGCCCGCCCUCCUACGAGCCGACGCCUGAGGCUGGCGCCCACGGAUACAGACUUCCUCCAGAGGGCCAAGGAGCAUGAGUCCGCUGGCUGGACUAAAAAGCACAGUGUGAAUAACACCAAACUAGGCUUGCGGAUAGUAUGGAGAAAACUAGAACUAACUUUAUCAAUAUACAACUCAUGUAUUUGAUUAUGUAUACACAGCUUGCUGAUCAUGACAGUAUAUAUAUAUUAUAAUUGAGAGAUGAGAAAAUAAAUAGAGACUCUGACAGCAUUUUCAUGAGUCCGUGACUGAUAAUAAAGAUAAUAUUUACCUG